AUGGGGUCGACAGCCCCAGGGCCCAUUCACCUGCUGGAGCUGUGUGACCAGAAGCUCAUGGAGUUUAUCUGCAAUGUGGACAAUAAAGACUUGGUGUGGCUCGAAGAGAUCGAGGAGGAGGCCGAGCGCAUGUUCACCAGAGAAUUCAGCAAGGAGCCUGAGCUGAUGCCCAAAACACCUUCUCAGAAGAACCGACGGAAGAAGAGACGGGUUUCUUAUGUUCAGGAUGAAAACAGAGACCCCAUCCGGAAAAGGUUGUCCCGCAGAAAAACGCGGAGCAGCCAGCUGAGCUCCCGGCACCUGCGCAGCAAGGACAAGGAGGAGAAGCUGGCCACGGUGGUGGGGGAGAACGGCUCUGUCCUGCGGCGGAUGACGCGUGCCACGGCCGCGGCCGCAGCAGCCACCGUGGUGUUCGCUGCCCCUUCGUCCAGCCCUGAGUCUCCCACAGCACUGACCACAAAGCCUGAAAACAGUCUGGCCGAGGGCCAGCUGGUGCCCGUGGUGCAGAUCAGCAUCAGCGAGCGCCAGAGUGCCGAGCAGCACCUCGGCCGGCUCGAGUCCGCCCAGGCUCCCUCUCCGGCUCCGUUCCCUCUAGCCACAGCUCCCGCCUCCCACAGCAUCUCGAUAUCAGAGGAGCAGUCAACCCCCAAGAAGCCAGAGGCUGGGAGACUGGAAUCUGUUACCGUGAGCUCCCUGAUGGCCACACCCCAGGACCCCAAGAGCCGAGGGGUCGGAACAAGCCGGUCGGCCUCCAAGCUCAGGAUCGCGCAGGCUUCCCCAGGCCCGCAGGACCUGUCAGGCUCUCCGGCCUCCCCGUGGCAGGAGCGGGUGCUGGCUCCCAUCCUGCCGGACAACUGCUCCACGCCCACGGGUACCCGCAUGAACCGGCAGUCGGUGCGGCGCAGCCUGAUUGCGCCGUCCUCCCCUGGCCACCAGCCCUCGCUGGCCCAGAAGUACUCCCUGGUGGCCAAACAGGAGAAACCUGUCCGCAGGUCAAGCAGAAGGAUUGGCAAGAAAGCCCCUGAAGAGCCAGCUGCCUCUGCCCGCAUCAUCUGUCACAGUUACCUGGAGAGGCUCCUGAAUGUGGAGGUGCCCCAGAAAGUUGGCCUUGAGCAGAAGCCCAGCGAGGAGGCUGAGACUGUGGAGGCGGCUGAGCCAGAGGUCCCCAAGAACAUGCCCCGCAGUGCCACCAAGAUCGCCAUUAGCACACCUGGCUCGCGGCCUGUGGCCGGUGGCCAGGAAACACCCUCUGAAGGGCAGCAAGGGCCCAAGACUGACCAAGCAGAUGGCCCCAAGGAGCCACCCCAGAGUGUCAGGAGGAAGCGCAGCUACAAGCAGGCAGUGAGUGAGCUGGACGAGGGGCAGCAGCUGGAGGACGAGGAGCUGCAAGCCCCCAGGAGCAAGACCCCUUCCCCGCCCUGUCCAGCCAGCAAGGUGGUGCGUCCCCUCCGGACCUUCCUGCACACCGUGCAGAGGAACCAGAUGCUCAUGACCCCGACCUCGGCGCCCCGCAGCAGCGUCAUGAAAUCCUUCAUCAAGCGCAACACUCCCCUGCGCGUGGACCCUAAGUGCAGCUUCGUUGAGAAGGAGCGGCAGCGCCUAGAGAACCUGCGGCGGAAGGAGGAGGUCGAGCUGCUCCGCAGGCAGAAGGUAGAGGAAGACAAGCGGCGGCGGCUGGAGGAGGUGAAGCUGAAGCGUGAGGAGCGCCUCCGCAAGGUGCUGCAGGCCCGGGAGCGGGUGGAGCAGAUGAAGGAGGAGAAGAAAAAGCAGAUCGAGCAGAAGUUUGCUCAGAUCGACGAGAAGACUGAGAAGGCCAAGGAGGAGCGGCUGGCUGAGGAGAAAGCCAAGAAAAAGGCAGCAGCCAGGAAGAUGGAGGAGGUGGAGGCGCGCCGGAAGCAGGAAGAGGAGGCCCGGCGGCUCAGGCGGCUCCAACAGGACGAGGACGAGCGGCGGCACCAAGAGCUGCUGCAGAAGAAGAAGGAGGAGGAGCAGGAGCGGCUCCGGGCCGAGAGGGAGCAGCAGGAGCGGGAGCGGGAGCGGGAGAAGGCCCUGCGGCUACACAAGGAGCGGCUGCAGAGGGAACUGGAGGAGAAGAAGAAGAAGGAGGAGCAGCAGCGCCUGGCCGAGGAGCGGCUGCAGGAGGAGCAGCAGAGGAGAGCCAGGGAGGCGGCGGCGGCCAGCAAAGGCCUGACUGCGACCCCGGACGCGCAGUCUCCAGCUUGUACCUCCUAUCAGAUGACGCCACAGGGCCACAGGGCCCCCCCCAAGAUCAACCCAGAUAACUACGGGAUGGAUCUGAAUAGUGAUGACUCCACCGAUGAUGAGGCCCAUCCCCGGAAGCCCAUCCCCACCUGGGCCAGAGGCACUCAGCUAAGCCAGGCCAUCAUCCACCAGUACUACCACCCCCCGAACCUGCUCGAGCUCUUUGGAACCAUUCUCCCACUGGACUUGGAGGACAUCUUCAAGAAGAGCAAGCCCCGCUACCACAAGCGCACCAGCUCUGCUGUCUGGAACUCGCCGCCCCUGCUGGGCGCCAGGGUCCCCAGCAGCCUGGUCUACAGCCUGAAGAAGUACUGAGGCCCCCAGGCCUUCUCAGCAGUCUCAGCCCCGGUGUGUGUCUGUCCGCCCCUCUGGUGGUCUGGUGCCACAUCCUGCCUGGUGUUCUGUCUCUGGGGCUUUGCCAUGUGUAUAUAAAUGUCCUCUGUGUGCUGCAGGUAGAACAUGGCCCAGGCCUGUUUGGAGGCUGCACUCAGUGGGUGUUUGGGGGAGAACCAGCCCAGCCCCACCUGGCCUGCAGACAGCACUCUGUAAAUAGAUUGUUAUAAUUCAGCAGAAUUUUAGCCUCUAGUGUUCGAGAGCUAGAUUAAUAAAGUCUGUUCCUUCAA